CGCCGGGCUGUCAGCCGCAGAGGCAGGGCUGGCAGCGGGGCAGCCGGAGCGCGGCGCUCGCUCCCGUCCCGCGAUGGCUGCGAUGAACGGCGCGGUGGAGAACGGGCAGCCGGACAAGAAGCCGCCCGCGCUGCCUCGGCCCGUGAGGAACCUGGAGAUCCGGCACAGCAAGAUAUUUAUUAACAACGAAUGGCACGAAUCCAUGAGUGGAAAGAAGUUUCCCACAUAUAAUCCCUCAACGGCUGAGAAAAUCUGUGAUGUAGAGGAAGGUGAUAAGCCCGACAUAGAUAAGGCAGUAGAGGCAGCGAAAGCAGCAUUCCAGAGAGGAUCUCUAUGGAGACAAAUGGAUGCCUUCAGCAGAGGAAGGCUUCUCCACAAACUAGCCGAUCUCAUCGAGCGAGACCGAGUCAUUUUGGCGACCUUGGAAACAAUGGACACAGGGAAACCUUUUCUUCAUGCCUUCUUCAUUGACUUGGAAGGCUGUAUAAAGACACUUAGAUAUUAUGCUGGGUGGGCUGAUAAAAUCCAAGGCAGAACUAUCCCAGUGGAUGAAAAUGUUGUCUGUUUCACCAUGCAUGAACCGAUGGGGGUCUGUGGGGCUAUAACCCCGUGGAACUUUCCAUUGCUCAUGCUUGUUUGGAAGAUGGCACCAGCACUGUGCUGCGGGAACACACUGGUUAUUAAACCAGCUGAGCAGACACCCCUCACUUCCCUCUACAUUGGUUCCUUAGUCAAGGAGGUGGGCUUUCCUCCCGGUGUGGUAAACAUAGUGCCAGGGUAUGGCCCCACAGCUGGGGCAGCCAUUUCUGCCCAUCAGAACAUUGACAAAAUAGCUUUCACUGGAUCAACAGAGGUUGGGAAACUGAUCAAGGAAGCGGCCUCUAAAAGUAAUCUCAAACGGGUGACACUGGAGCUCGGCGGGAAGAACCCCUGCAUUGUGUGUGCGGAUGCUGACUUGGACUUGGCGGUCGAAUGUGCCCAUCAAGGAGUUUUCUUUAAUCAAGGCCAGUGCUGCACUGCUGCCUCUCGAGUAUUUGUGGAGGAGCAGAUCUACCCGGAAUUUGUCAAGCGCAGCGUUGAGUACGCCAAGAAACGACUCAUUGGAGACCCAUUCGAUGCCAAAACUGAACAAGGGCCACAGAUUGACCAAAAACAGUUUGAUAAAAUUUUGGAGCUGAUAGAAAGCGGGAAGAAAGAAGGUGCCAAGCUGGAGUGUGGGGGUUUAGCCAUCGGAGACAGAGGUCUGUUCAUAAAACCCACCGUGUUUUCAGAGGUUACGGACAACAUGCGAAUUGCCAAAGAAGAGAUUUUUGGACCAGUGCAGUCAAUAAUGAAGUUCAAAAGUAUAGAAGAGGUCAUAAAAAGAGCGAAUAACACUGAAUAUGGACUCACAGCAGCCGUAUUCACAAAGAAUCUGGACAGAGCUCUGACAUUAGCUUCUGCGCUGGAGUCUGGAACAGUCUGGAUCAACUGCUACAAUGCCCUUUAUGCACAAGCUCCUUUUGGUGGCUUUAAGAUGUCAGGAAAUGGCAGAGAACUUGGUGAAUACGCGCUGGCCGAAUAUACUGAGGUGAAAACAGUCACUAUUAAAAUAUCCCAGAAGAAUCACUGAGAGAGCUGGAGGCCUAAAAACUCUGACACUCUGAAUGUGACACGCAGUCAUGGGGGACAAGUUCAAAACAUGGGGAAAGGGGUGGGAGGAAGAAAACAGCACUUCUUCUUUUUUCAAAGAGAACUUUUUUACUUUAUAGAAACUUUGAAUCUACUGGACUUUGAAUGCUCGUCAAUUAGCUUUUGGAGAGAGAAUUUAAUUGACCUGUCAGCUGUUCAUUCUGUGCCCUCACUUGCUGUAUGCUGCCUUCAGUGGACUAGUCCUUGGCUUUACAUCAGUCUCUUACCAGUGACCAAACUUCUGGUCACACAGUGCUUUACAGAAAGUUUUUGUUUUUAUCAUACUGGGACUUUGAAGGCAAAAUCACCCCCAAUGCCAUAUUAGAGAGACCCAAGGCAUCACUAGCAUGGAAUGUUGAAAGACCUGUGGACUUGAGCUGGUAUAAACCAACAUAGCUCCAUUGACUUCAGUGGCAUUGCUGCUGAUAUAAGCCAGUAUAACAGCAUUGAAAUCACAGGAGUUAUAUUGGGGUGAAGAGGAGAAUUGAGCCCUAUGAGGGGGGCAGUUUAUUUAUGUCUUUGUGGAAGGUUAUGUAAAGCACUUUUAUCUAAAAGAGUUGUCUUGGUCUCUCUAAUACACACACAUCCUCCAUAAUGGUGAUAGCAUAUCCCCAUUGACGUCAAUAGGGGUUUUGCCAUCUACUUCAGUGGGACCAGUUUCAUCCUACAUAUUUAGACUUGAGGAGGAGGGGAACUUUUGUACCCCUUGUAUUGUGACGCAUGUACUCUACGCGUACUGAAAACAAGUCAUUGACUCACUAACCUGUCUGGUUUCAGAAGAGUUCAUACGGUGUAUGAUAAAUCUUCACUAAGGCACUUUUCACAAGAGGAUUUUGCACUGCAUCUACAGUAAAGACGCCAGCGCUCCUGCCAGCCUUGUAGCAGGGCACGCACACUGCAGAAAACAUCCAUGGGCUAGAAACCCAAAUGGAAAUCUUCCAAAAGAAACAGAAGGCUGGAGAGACAGCAAAACAUGCGUCUCGCUUCUCUGCCAUCGUUUUUAUCCCAACAUGUGAAUCUCAUUUUGUUCAGCUGGAGCUGUUCUUUAUGUUGAGCAGGAUUGGUAAACUCCCCUAAACCUCUGUUUUCCCCCGCCCCGCAGAUGAAUGUAAUUUAACAUAGAUUUCUGAAAAUACGCUGUGAAAAAGAAAUUGCUCCCCGGCCAGGACUGUUAUGCAAAGUUUCAACUGUCUCCAUUUCAUGGGCUAAAUCACCUAGGGUCUAUGCUGCAGGAACCCAUUGUGCAACCUGUAGGUGGGCCCCUGUCAGUUUGCAGUGGUAUAAAAUUCCUGCCAUGCUGGCAAUCUGGCCCCAAAUUGGGCAGCACUAGCUGGGGAGGGCGAUUUGUGAUGAGGGUGGUUGGAAGAUGCUCUGAUUCCACAGCCAGCUCCAGCAAUGUUCUGUCUAGAAUCCUCAACCAAGAUCAAAGCUGAGGGAAGGCAGGUAAUGGGCAAAUACCCCACUCAGGUAUCAUGGGAGCAAAUUGGCCUGAGGUGCAUAACUCCUUUGUGUCAUACCUAGGACUCCUAAGGCAGCGAAUGCCUGUUGACUUCACUGGAGUGCUCCUAAGGGCCCUUUGUUGUCAAAGGAAGUUAUGCAGGUGUCUAAAGCAGCAGUAGAUGACAAACCCCAGAAAUUAGGGUUUAACGUGGAAAUGCAUUGUGGGGCAAACCGCAAAGCUAGAGCAUAACCCAAUAACUUUCUUCCACCAGAGAUGCUCCUCCUGGAUAAGUAAGAAUUAUUACCAUGCUGAUAGAUGAGGAGGUAUGAAAGAAGUUUCCCUUGUUAGUCACUGAAUCUUGAAAGAAAUGAGGCUUUUGUGCCCCUUAAUCUCUGAUCACUCAUAAAUAACAUACCACUGACAGCUGUACGCAACUGGCAGGAGGAGAGGGGUGGGGGUCUGCUCUCCCAUGGAUGUAAGCGGUGGGACUUCCACAGAUGCAUCUCUCCACCUAAAUGCAGAAGAGAUCCCAUGAAAGUCCAAAUGGGAAAACUGUAAAUAUAUUUCUAUUUUUGUAGUACAUUUAGCGAGAUCUCAACUGUCUUAUCAGACAAGCAGCUUACUAUUGCCGACUUAUGUUUUCUAGAGCUACAAGCAAAUGAUCUGGAGGCAAGGUAAAUAGUAAAAUGAAGCUGGAAUAACAAUAAUAACUAAUAUAGCUGUCUGUAUUUUUUUGUUUGUUUGAGAAACAUCUUGGGGGAAUGAAAACAUGACAACAUCUGAAAUGUACAAUCUUUUUUAGCAUUUGGUUUUUAUAUGUAAUAUUUUCACUUCUUUUUUCCCCUCAAGUUAAACGAAUGACUUAGUAAUGUAUUCUCUUACUGUAUAAAUCAGGGUUUGACUUUACACACUGAAUUUUCUAAAUUAUAUAUCAAGUAACAUUAGCCACUAACAUAAAAUGACCCGUUAGAGGAUUUAUAUUCUUUCAUUGCACAGUAAUACUUUUCAUAUGAAAUACUACUUAAUUUUUUAAAAUAUAUUUAUAAAUUAGAGUACAGUUAAUCUAAUGUAUUUUUAUAGCUGAAGGUACAUAGAAAUACUAUGUGUUUAAACCUCAUGUAUAUAUUUAGAAUAUGGGUAUCUUUUUGUAAUAUUAGCUUUUCAAUUCUUAAUAAAAAUGUUUAACUUUU